CUCGGUUACGCGCGCGCCGCCGUCGGAGCCCGAGCCGAGGUUUUCACUCCCGCACACGGCGGCAGUCGGCGCUGGCGCGGUGCGCUCACCGUGUGUAGCUAGCCACCGCUGGUGGGCCCGUGUCCGCAACCGUCGCGCUAUCGCGUCGUCCGCCACCGCUUGUUGUCGCAGUCGCCACCGGCGCAUUCGAGCCGUCGAACGCUCGCGUUCGCGAUCAGGUAUAGGGACACGAGAGACGCUCGGCAGACCCCAUCUCGAGUGCGGCGGCCGGCGCUUCUGUGUCUGGUCGGGCGAUGCGGCCCUGCCGCAGCGACCGGAGGUGAAACAGCCCCCGCGGGAAGGAGAAGCCGACGAACAGGCAGGCCCUGUGACACCGCGCGGCGGUAGGUUGUCCGUGAUCGUCGAGGCCCGACUCUUUCCCCGCCUUCGAGCGCGAAGCCGGCCAUGGGGAAGAAGAACAGCAAGCUCAAAGGGGAAGUCGUCGCCCGGCUCGCCAAGGAAACCUACUUUACAGAAAAAGAAGUUCGACAAUGGUACAAAGGCUUUCUAAAGGACUGCCCCAAUGGAUUACUCACAGAACAAGGUUUCCUGAGAAUAUACAAGCAGUUCUUUCCCCGGGGGGACCCCUCCAAGUUCGCAUCACUCGUGUUCAGGGUAUUUGACGAGAACAAGGACGGCUCCAUAGAGUUCGAGGAGUUCAUCCGAGCGUUGUCGGUAACGUCAAGAGGAAACGUCGAAGAAAAGUUAUUAUGGGCGUUCAAGCUGUAUGACGUCGACAAUGACGGCUUCAUUACACGAGAGGAGAUGUACAACAUUGUAGAUGCUAUAUACGAAAUGCUGGGUAGCCAAGAAAAAGAAGACGAGGAAGAUGACCCAAGGGCCAGAGUGGACCGCAUUUUCGAACAACUGGAUAAGAACCAGGACAACAAGCUGUCUUUAGAAGAGUUCAAAGAAGGCUCAAAACAUGACCCGAAGAUCGUCCAAGCUUUGUCCCUAUGUCGCAGACAUACAACAGAUGCUCGUGAAUAAAUCAAUCGUGGCCGAAGGCGAGUCAGCAUUGCAAUCCACGAAGGAAAUGCGACCCUCCGCGAAAGUUUCGAAAAUAAUUGCCGAGGGCCAUCGGCACUGCUGUGUGCAGUGUUGUGCCGUCGAAGCUCAGCGUUCUUUACAGUGCAUUACCGGGAGCUUUCACUUCGAUGUGUCGAAGAGUGUGGCUAUUUUCCUUUGUUGUUGUUGUUGUUGGUGGUAUUUAAGUUGCGAGUUCAUGGCGACGAAUGGGUGAACGCCUGCAUUCAGGUAUGCGGCGAAUGAGACUUGGAGAAGGCUCGACAUUCAAUCGGCCUUGAUAAGACAGCACUUUCUUUGUUUAUUAGGCUGUUUAGAGUAGUAAAGAAUUUUUUUCAAUAUGAUAGAAUGGGUGUUUAAUAUUUAAUAUUGUGACGGAAGAGCGUCUCACUUACCGCGCAAAAUAAUCAGAAACACAUCCUCACUGCCCUGUUAUCUCCGUUCUAUCUAGGGAAAAAGUUUGGUUCCGGCGCGGCAUAUACAAAGAUACGGGAUCGUGCUUUCGUUUGCCAAUUACUACUGUUGUUAAAAAACACAUUACUGUAGAAAAGUUUGGAAGUGAAGUCCAGGAUUCUGUGAUGUCAAAGUUAGUAUAUAAAGGCGAGCUUUAUAUUUUGGACGGGGUUCCCACCCAGACCCUUCGCUCUUUGUCGAGAGCCACGCAAGAAGAAAGGAAAAACUGACACCAACUCAAAGCGUUCUGUCCGCCCAACAAAAUAAAAUAAAAUAUCGCUGCUGUAAAAUGAAUUAUCAGUGUGAGAGUUGGCGCAGGUCACAAAUACGGCAUUUCAAAUCUCGUGCGAGUUCCUGUAUGACGUUGACUCCUUUUAGAGGACCCGCGACUACGGCGCUACGGUUUCAUUUCUCGACUAAGCGUUGUCAGCGUUAUCUGGCGGGAUUGGUGUCGUUUCUUUUUUCCUUUUAUUUUUAUAGUUGCAUGAUUGGCGUGUGGUUUUACUAUGACGAUACGCAUGGCAUUGACCACUGAGAGACAGUGUUUAGGUGCAGCGCUGACUGAACGACUAUAUUUUUGACAGCGAUCCGUGCUGAAAACUUUUUGAUUCUCAAGCUUGGUAGAGGUGAUGUCGUUUACCUGCUCCAAACACAAGAUUGCGUCCGACGCACUGAAAUUAAGCAACUAUGACGCACCCUUCAGUCAUGGUAGCUAUCUUCCAUCAAAAGUCACCAGUGCUUAACAGCAUAGCCGACGUAACGCGCACUUGUGUUUUUCUCUGUAUUCGCUUUUUUUUUCUAUCGGUAUUCCUUCGAUUGCUAAUCCCAGAAAGUUGCUCUUCGAACUGCGAACUUCAACCAACAACCAUAACAGCAACAACAACAAAAGAAGUGAAAUGUUUUGAUCCAGAGAUUGCAUGGUACGAGUGAGAGCCUUAAAGUGAGCGUGCUAGCACCUGACGGCAAUAACGGGCCAUGUCCAGUUCGGCACGCCCGAAAUCUGUGUUUCUCUUGUGAUUCUGGUGAUGACGGUUACAGUGAAGUUUUUGAGAACACAAUCAUUGUUUACGGAUUUUCACACAGCCACUGUUGCAUAUUAUAUUGCCCGUUUAUCCUUGCCCCACCUCACAGACCAAACGGCGUUCACACAAUACUUGACGCUAUUUUGAACCUAUUUUGAUGUUGGUUGCUGUAUUCAUGGUAUGUGUUUAUGUGGGUGUGGUUAUCCCCCUCCCAAUGAGAACAUGUGACAGAUUUGAAGCAAUGAUGGUGGGGAAAAAAAAGAAGACCGGAGAUAUUUGUAUAUAUACAGCCUAUUUACACCUAUACAUAAUGUAGGCAGUUAUACACUCUAAACUCUAUAACAAUAACAAAAUCAAAUUCACUGCUUUAAAAAAAGUGACACUUUUAAAAGAUGCAUUGUAUAAAUGCGCAAAAAAAAGGUGAAAAGAAACUCUAUUCGGAGCACUUUUGAUUCCUCCCACGCUGUUCAUACCUAAGGCGCACAUCUAGCUAUUGCUGACCGUUUUGUAAAAACAAUUCUUGGAAACGAAAUAAAUGUUACAUGUUUCUCUG